CAGGCGCGCGCGCCGCUGCUUCUGGCCGGGCGCGGGUCGUGGUGCACCACGGGAGCGCCGCACCGGCCGGCAUGGAGGAGCGCGGCGAUUCCGAGCCGACCCCCGGCUGCAGCGGCCUGGGUCCGGGCGGUGUUCGCGGCUUUGGCGACGGCGGUGGAGCUCCUUCGUGGGCCCCUGAGGACGCCUGGAUGGGCACUCACCCUAAGUAUCUAGAAAUGAUGGAAUUAGAUAUAGGAGAUGCCACCCAAGUUUAUGUAGCGUUCUUGGUUUACCUGGACCUCAUGGAAAGCAAAAGCUGGCAUGAAGUAAACUGUGUAGGAUUACCAGAACUCCAGCUCAUCUGCCUUGUUGGUACUGAGAUAGAAGGGGAGGGGUUACAGACUGUGGUGCCUACCCCCAUCACUGCUUCCCUCAGCCAUAACAGAAUCAGCUUGUCAAUAUCUACAAAACAACAUGCUGGGAUUUUGAAUGGGAUUGCACUUGUAGAUCACAUUGAGAAGAAUUGGUAUCCAGGAACAUGGACUGUCUCUCCAUUUGUUUAGAUCUCCUUUGAUUUCUUUCAUCAGAGUUUUACAGUUUUCCUCACAUAGAUCCUAUAAAUAUUUUGUUAGAUUUAUACCUAAAUAUUUAUCUUUUAUGAUGCUAAUGUAAAUGGUGUUUUGUUUUUAAUUUCAAAUUCCAAUUGUUUAUUGCUGAUAUGUAGGAAUACAGUGGACUUUUGUAUAUUAUCCUUGUAUCCUGUAACCUUGCUAUAAUCUCUUAGUUUUUAUUCUUCCAUUUUCUCAUACCCCCAAAUUAAUUUAUCAGUAAACCCUGUCAAUUCCUUAAAAUUACAUCCAGAAUCUGUCCAUUUCUUACCACUUACACUACAACUGUUACCACUCUGGCUUAAGCUGCUAUUAUCUCACCUCCUGGACCUACUAAGUGGUCCUCCUUUAAAACACUUGGUAUAUUAAUGCUACUCAACAUAUUUCAUAUUUGGUUUUCUUUGAUUAUCUACUGUCUGUUUUCCUCCACUAGAAAGUAAGUUCCCUGAAAGUGAGAACUUGGUUUUGUUUAUUGGUAUAUCCCUGGGGUCUAACCUGGUACCUGGUACAUGGUGCUACGUAAGUAUUUGUUGAAAGAUUGGGUAAGCUAUCUUAGGCUACUGUGUUCCUGCAGCAGAGACUUCCUAAUUAAUACCUUAAAGAACAUAAGAAUAUACUAUAAGCAACCUUUUAAGAGUUUCCAAAAAAUUAGAAUGUCUGCAAAAUCUGCCAGGCACAGUGGCUCACGCCUGUAAUCCCAGCACUUUGGGAGGCUGAGGUGGGCAGAUCACCUGAGGUCAGGAGUUUGAUACCAGCCUGGCCAACACGGCAAAACCCCGUCUCUACUAAAAAUACAAAAAAUUAGCUGGGUGUGGUGGUGUGUGCCUGUAGUCCCAGCUACUUGGGAGGCCUAGUGAGGCAAGAGAAUCGCUUGAACCCAGGAGGUGGAGGUUGCAGUGAGCCAAGGUCACACCACUGUGCUCCAGUCUGGGUGACAGAGUGAGACUCUCUCUCAAAAAAAAAAAAAAAAAAAAAAAAGAAAUAUAUAUAUAUAUAUAUAUGUACAUAUGUAUGUAUCUGCAAAAUCCAUCCACUUGCAGGAUUUAUCACCAUUUUCCACGCUUUGCAUUGUAACCUGCCAAUAUUAUGAAUAGCCUCUUUACUUUUUAGUUGAAGUUUUUUUCAUUUAUAUUCUCUCUGCCCUUUUACCCCUCUUUUUCCCUAGUGCCUUGGGAAAAGGACUUAUAUUAAUUCUGGAGUAGAGGGUUACUAGAACUAGUUAUUUCUUUAGAACAUCUCUGAAGAUAUUCUUAGUUAUGAGAUUUAAUCCUCAAAUGCUACAUACUUUCUUGAAGGACCGUCCAUUAUUAUUUCCCUGUAAUUGAAAAAUAUUUCCACUUUCUGAAAGCAUAAUCCUUAUUACAAAUUCAUUUAAUGACCACUAUUUUAUUUGAGUCCUAAAGUCUCAUAAUUGCAAAAUGACUCUGUCAUUUGGCUUCUCUGCAUAUUAGGAUGUGUGUCCUCACCUUCCCUCUGCUAGAAAUCUGCUGCUGGUGAAACCCCCAAUUCUGGCAGCUUCUUUUAACUGAUACAGCAUUUUUUUUUUCUCUUACCCUUAAACAAAAGCUUGCAGUUCAUUACAGAAUGACUUCCCACUGGGGUGGAUAGCUUCAUUGUUCAGUAAACCCCCUUGGAAUUUUAGCUGCCUUGAUUUUUUACUAGAAAGGCAUUGGCAUGAAUUUCAAGGAGGUGGUCUGUUAUCCCUGAAACUUUUCUUUGGGACUGAGCCUGUGGAUGAAUAAGGCUUCUUUGGUGCCUCUGACACCAACUUAAUUUUGCAUUAUGUUUCAGAGUUACAUUAUGGCAUGUCAUUCCAUUAUAUCAUAAUGAGGCAAAUCAAGGAAUUAUUCCCUUUUACUAAUAAGGCUAUAGCAUAUAUUAUUUGGCCACAUUGAAGAGGAUAGGAGAUACUUUCUAUGGGUUGAAAUUAAUACUACUUUUAACCCAUGAUACAUUCUAUUUCAAUAGCAUUUGAAGUUAAAAGUAAUGCGGUCUUCAACUUCUUGUCCUCUCUGUAAAUCUCCAGAGAUUACUUAGUCUCUGUUUUAGAAUCAUUACAGAAAAAUCAAUGCUAAGAUUUAUGGAAAGCAUUUAAAUGGCUUGGACUAAAGGUAUUAGCCAAAUAGUGUUAACUGUGUAUUUGCUUCAGGCUUGUUUUCAAGUUAGCUAUAUGAAGCUCUGGAAUCACUUUUUUUCAGUACACAGAGCUCCUCUAUGAACAAUUAUGAGAAAUAAAAACCUGUUGUGAGCAUCAAAUUUUGUUGCUGUUAUUAAAUAGCUAUUAUUAUUGAUACAUAUUUUUCUUUAGGUGGGAUUUUUCCCUUUAGAUAUAACUGAGUUUAAAACUUGAAACUGUUAGUAUUAAUACAUAGGUUAUAUUUUUCAUAGGUUGAUUUCUAUCCAAUAUGAACUAUAAAUAAUUUUAUCGUUUAUUGUUGUAGAUUUGUGUGAUGAAACAUACAAUAUUUCCAGUAUCUUCACAAUAUUUUUCCAAGGAACUGAGCUAUUAAAAUUUAUACAUAUAAGGAAGCAUUCUGUCAUUUCUAAAGUGAGAUUUCAAACCAUAAGCUUGUUAGAAAUUAAGUGAGAUUAUAGUAUUCUGGUGAUACUUAAAUGUUCUUGGGAUCUUUACAAUCAUAUGUGGUUUUUUAAGAACUUAAGAAUCUUUUGUUACUGUUGUUAUUAAUAGAUUGGGAAAAUAUAAUCUGUUGACUAAAAGGCAAAAUAAACAUUUUUAAGAUUUUAUGCAGUAUCCUAUAAUGGAAACAAACAAGAAAGGUCUUGUUCUUGUUUGUUGAGGAAAAGAUGAUGGCUUUGCUUUAAACAUACUUGAAAAAUCGACUAGAAGAGAUCCUGAACAAGAAACUGUGUAAGACUUCUGGAAUGUACCUUGAGUAACAGAGGCAGAUAAACUAUUUUAUUCUGUUACUAGUGAGAAGAUUCACUGGUAAUUCACAAUCACCGCCCCCUCCAACCAAAUACCAUAAACAAGGCCUCAGAAAUGGGAACUUCCAUUUCAUUUUUGACAGUGAUUUCUCUCAACUCUGAAAACAAAACCCCUUUUACAACUCUGAGUUAGUUUUCAAAUGUUAGGGUUUCCUGCAUGGGUAUUUGGGGUAAGUAUGAAAAUGUUUUGCUGCUUAAAUCAAAGAACUCUGGAAACAGAUAUAAAUUGAGAAUGGAAAAAGAGUAGUGAAUAAGAUGGAAAUUUCUAUUCUAAAUUUCACUAUAUGGGCUAGAAUUCCCAUAUAGUUUUCCUUAGUGAACACCACCCCCCCCACACACACAUACAAACACACCUUCUGAUUUAAAUAACAUUAUAUCUUCAGAAAUGGAAAAUGUGUAAAAGUUGUGUUAACAGGCUUCCUUCUUGUCUGUGUCCCAUUCUCAUCACAGUCUACCAGUUAGGGAUGUUUAGAGAAAUUUAUCUUGUGGCAUUGAAGUGGCUUUAUGUGCAUUAUAUAUUGGGUUUUAUGUAUAUUGCAUACUGUGAAGUAAUCAUGAUACAUGCUGACAACAAAAGAUGUAGAUAAGUUAAAAUUUUAGUUGAUCCAUUGUCUGUUUCUUCUUUGCCAUCUUUGUAGAAAAAAAUUAAUUCAAGAUGGACAGCCUAUAAAAAUGUAUCUUUUUCUAUUAUUAUUA